ACAUCACCCAUUCUCGUAAAGCUUUCAAUGAGUUGACUUCUAAUAUGAUCUGUUCUGUAUAUUCGUAUAUAGCCUGAAUAUUCUUCCCUUAUUUCAUUGACAAUUAUCCAUAUAAAUGCAAUGUGUUAGAGCCUGUGUGGCGUUAAGACCUAGAUACCAAAGAUGAACUCCCUUCCUUCUUUAGUUCUGGCCUUUCUUGUCAUUGUUCUUCAAGUUUUGGAUUCAGCAGUGAUAUGCAAUGGGGGAAAGACCAGCACCUACGUUAGGAAAGUGGAGAAAACUGUGGAUAUGCCGCUUGACAGUGAUGUUUUUCGAGUUCCCCCAGGCUACAAUGCACCCCAACAGGUUCAUCUAACACAAGGAGAUCAUGUUGGAAAAGCUGUGAUUGUUUCAUGGGUAACUGAGGAUGAACCAGGUUCCAGUACUGUUGUUUACUGGAGUGAAAACAGCAAGGAAAAGAAAAAGGCAAAAGGCAAAUUCAAUACCUACAGGUUCUUCAAUUACACCUCUGGUUUUAUUCAUCACUGCACCAUCAGAAAUCUGGAGUAUAACACCAAAUAUUACUAUGUGGUUGGUGUGGAUCAUACUAUGAGAAAAUUCUGGUUUACAACUCCUCCCGAAGUUGGUCCCAAUGUCCCAUACACAUUUGGUCUCAUUGGGGAUCUAGGGCAGUCUUUUGAUUCAAACAGGACAUUGACUCACUAUGAGCAAAAUCCAGUGAAAGGUGAAGCAGUGUUGUUUGUUGGGGAUCUUUCUUACGCAGAUAACUACCCCAAUCAUGAUAAUGUAAGAUGGGAUACAUGGGGAAGGUUUACUGAGAGAGUUGUUGCAUAUCAACCAUGGAUAUGGACAGCAGGAAAUCACGAAAUCGACUUCGCCCCUGAAAUCGGUGAAACAGAGCCUUUUAAGCCUUACAUGCACCGUUAUCAUGUUCCUUAUCAAGCAUCAAACAGUACUGCUCCCUUUUGGUACUCGAUAAAAAGAGCUUCGGCGUACAUCAUAGUAUUGUCUUCGUAUUCAGCCUAUGGUAAAUACACUCCACAGUACAAAUGGCUAGAAGAAGAGCUACCGAAAGUAAACCGGAGCGAAACACCAUGGUUAAUAGUCCUUAUGCAUUCCCCAUGGUACAACAGCUACAACUACCAUUACAUGGAAGGAGAAACCAUGAGAGUAAUGUAUGAACCGUGGUUUGUGCAGUACAAAGUCGAUGUUGUAUUUGCCGGUCACGUCCAUGCCUACGAACGAACCGAACGCAUAUCCAACAUUGCAUACAACAUCGUAAAUGGCCUUUGCACUCCCGUGAAGGAUCAAUCCGCACCUGUAUACAUUACGAUCGGUGAUGGAGGGAACAUUGAAGGCUUAGCAAACAACAUGACCGAGCCACAGCCGGCUUACUCGGCAUAUCGCGAAGCCAGUUUCGGUCACGCCGUUUUCGAUAUCAAGAACAAGACUCAUGCUUAUUAUAGUUGGCACCGUAACCAUGAUGGAUAUGCAGUUGAAGCGGAUUCAAUGUGGUUUUUCAAUAGAUACUGGCAUCCAGUUGACGAGUCUUCAGCCUCACAGUGAGAAUAACAAGCUAUGUUUCCACCUUUACAAGUUACAAUCAAUAAAAAGAAUAUUCCAAUAUUUUUCUUCACA